GACUAAUUCGGGCGGAAGUAGUUUUGCAGCCUCUUUUCCGGCGGCCAUAGCGGAAUAAUCGGUAGGCCAUCAUGAAGAUCAAUCGGUUUGUGACCUCCUCCCGGCGUAAGAACCGCAAGAGGCACUUCAAUGCCCCGUCACACAUCCGCAGAAAGAUAAUGUCUUCACCUCUGUCCAAAGAGCUCCGCCAGAAGUACAACGUAAGGUCCAUGCCCAUCCGGAAGGACGAUGAGGUCCAGGUGGUCCGGGGACACUACAAAGGCCAGCAGAUUGGCAAAGUUGUCCAGGUAUACAGGAAGAAAUACGUCAUCUACAUUGAGCGUGUGCAGCGUGAGAAGGCCAAUGGAACCACCGUUCAUGUGGGCAUCCACCCUAGCAAGGUUGUGAUCACCAGGCUAAAGCUGGACAAGGAUCGCAAGAAGAUCCUGGAGCGCAAAGCCAAGUCACGGCAAGAGGGCAAGGACAAGGGCAAAUACAAGGAGGAGACCAUUGAGAAAAUGCAAGAGUGAACAUUACCUUUUUGCUAACAAUAAAAGUCCACGAAAAAAAGA